CGACACUAUUUUGGAAUUGAUUAAAAAAUUACCACGGUUUUAAUCGCUAUUUUGGGGGGGAUGACGUUGUGAGAAAUUAUUCAAAACCAAAAUACUUUUAACAGUUAAAUACUUUUGUACGCAAGCUACCUGUCAAUUAUCUCCCAUUGAUUAUAAAUACCUUCUAAAGAAAAUGGGAAAAGGAAAAAAUGGAUUGCCUGACAGAUGGCUGGACUAUAUAUCAAUUGGACAGGAAAUCCGAGGAGUCCCGAUUAUUGCCUGCAAAGUUCCUUUGAGAGAGGACCUGCUUCGCUGUUCUCUCAGACGAGAGCAUUGGUUCACGCCCGACAAUUUGGUGGAAAUGGUGCCUAACGUGGGCUGUAUCGUCGACCUCACUGCCACUAGUCGAUAUUACAAUCCGCAGGUUUUCAUCGAACGCGGGAUCCACCACGAGAAGAUCUUUUGCGCAGGACACGUCGUCCCGAAAUCAAAGACAGUGAGAAGAUUCUUUCAGGUGGUGGACGAUUUUCUUCACAACGUCAAUUCCCGAGGCAAAGUUUUGAUGGUGCAUUGCACGCACGGGCUCAACAGGACUGGCUAUUUGGUGUCGAGGUACAUGGUGGAGCGACGAGGAUUUCAACCGGCCGACGCCAUUGCAGCUUUCAACGAGGCUCGCGGUCAUUGCAUCGAACGUGAAAACUACCUUGAAGACCUCCAUGGAAGGAGCACGUGCACCGACCCUGCCCCGCUCUAUCAAAAUAGCGGUGCGGGUUAUCACGAUGACGACCAAGCUUGCGCCAGUUACGAGCAUGAAGAGGAACGUCCAACCUCGUCGAAUGGUUUCAACCGUCACGUUGGCCAAACUCGCAGAUGGCAACCGAAUGAGCAACCGCCUUUCGCCGGUCAUCGUGGUCCGCAACGUCAAGCGCAUCCUCAGCCUUCGGUCCACAACCAGGACGAGAGAUCUGCCGGCCACCACUCUCAGCCAAAUACUUGGCGUCAGGGACAGGGCUCGGGCAAUCACAGUCACGGCCAAGCGAGCCAGCACGUCAACAAGCCAUCGACAACUGCGUACCAAGGUCGCACAAAGAGUCCCGUGCCUCCAACUGGCUACUAUGGCCAACACAAGGGUUCAUACUACCACAACGUGCCUACCUGCCAAGGGCCAGCCGUACCGAAGCACAUUCGCUUUGCGGAACUUUCGCCGCAUCACGAGAACGAGGCCCGAAUGGAUAACUCGGACGAUAGACGCAAUUUGGCCAGCCGGGAGCGCGGUCGCUCUAAUGUCAAUCAACUAGUGCAGCAAGGUGGCCAUAACAGGUCGAAAUCGCCAGCAGUUCAGGUCGUAGGUGAGCGUCGUAGCAACCCAUCGGCGUCUGAAGCGUCGACUUCAAAGGUCCGUGAGCGCAGUCAGAACCGCUCUCGUCGCAACGUACCGGACGAUCAGUCGACAUCGUCGGUCGAGGUUUGCUACGAUAGUCGCCUAGAGGAGCCUCCUCCCGUCCAGGGCCAAGAGUUCCGUCAUCCCAGUUCCCGAGAAAAGCCUCGAGAUCAACGUGAACGAUCUGGAUCGGGACAAGCCGAUCGUCGAGCGUCGGGAAAGAAGAUGCGCCAUAAAACUGCUAAACGUGGGUCAUCGAACGUUGUUGAUGAUUAAUAAAGGAGAGAAUGACUCCGAUCACGCCGAUUCCCGAUGUGAGGAAAAAUGAAAUUUAAGGGAAAAAAAAGGUUUUUUUUCUUUUUGGGUAUUUUCUCUUCCCAACAUUUUUAUCGCAUUUUUUUAAAAACCAUUUGGAUUAUUUUUUUUUUGUGUGUGUUUGGGUCUUGGAACGGCGACUACCUUGUGUCAGUUUCAAGUAUCAAAGUCUGUUUGGGUUUCGAGCGUGUCGGUAUCCUAUAGCUGGCGAGAAUUUCCCCUCUUGCCGAGUUUUAGAGAUGGAAGAAAGCGACGUCUACCAAUAAACAAAUUCUGGCGAGUUAAAAAUA